UCUCGCGAUAUCGUGAAGGCUCGCGAAGCGUUUGUUGGGGCUUGACUUAGCCUUGUUGAAUAAUUGACUAUGGAGAGGGAGAUAACGGAAGUGAGGACUGGAGCCCGGGCAUUGUGAUGGUGAUUUGCGCGAGUCUGUUGAGUUUUAGUCAGACCCCGUGAAGAAAGGGAGCUUCAGUCAUCUCCUCCAGUCUUAUCGGCUAAGGAUGGAGACGAAACGGAAAGAAACGCGCAAGUCUUUGAGGAUCAAAGUAAUCUCCAUGGGUAACGCCGAGGUUGGCAAGAGCUGCGUUAUCAAGCGAUACUGUGAGAAGAGAUUUGUGCCCAAAUAUCUUGCAACAAUUGGCAUUGAUUAUGGUGUCACCAAAGUGCAAAUUAGAGACCGAGAAAUCAAAGUGAAUAUCUUUGACAUGGCUGGACACUCCUUCUUUUACGAGGUUCGCAAUGAAUUUUACAAAGACACCCAGGGUGUAAUCCUAGUGUAUGAUGUUGGGCAAAAGGAAUCAUUUGAUGCCCUUGACUUAUGGCUUGCUGAGAUGAAACACGAACUUGGACCACAUGGAAACAUGGAAAACAUUGUUUUUGUGGUUUGUGCCAAUAAGAUUGAUUGUGGCAAGUUGCGCUGUGUGGAUGAAAGUGAAGGGCGACUGUGGGCAGAAAGCAGAGGCUUCCUUUAUUUUGAAACUUCUGCACAGACUGGAGAAGGAAUUAAUGAAAUGUUCCAGACUUUCUACUCAGCUAUUGUUGAUUUAUGUGAUAAUGGUGGAAAGCGCCCCAUAACCAGCACAAGCAAUAGUUUCACUAAGGAGCAAGUAGACACCAUCCGGAGGAUUCGCAGCAGCAAGGAUAGCUGGGAUAUGUUGGGUGUCAAACCGGGAGCUACAAGGGAUGAAGUAAACAAGGCCUAUCGAAAGUUGGCAGUGCUCCUCCACCCAGAUAAGUGUAUGGCUCCAGGCAGUGAGGACGCCUUCAAGGCUGUGGUGAAUGCACGGACUGCCUUGCUCAAAAACAUCAAGUAAAACACAAGAAGAUGCAGCUUUCACCAUAGCAAGUGAUAUGCCUAUUCUGAGAGAGGCAUCAAGGAUUGCCUCCUGCAAAAGACAAAGGAAGCAAGUCACAGAAAAUCCCUAAAGGCAAUUUUCCUUCACCAUUUACUUUCAAAGCUGUUUUCUGUUUUACUAAGAAUAGGUCAAUAUAGGAGACUUCUCUGAGGUGGACUUCCAAACCCAUCUGAAUGCCUCAGGAACAGUAACAACUGUAAUAUCCUGUCCUUUCUUUUCCCCUGCAGAAAAGUUGGCCAUGGACUGAGAUGACGCUAAAAUAUGUUACUUCUAUUUAAAUCACUUAUUUCACUAUUGCGCAUUAUUUUCCUCAAAACCGAUGCUGAUAUUCAGCCUCUAAAUAAGCACUUCGUUGUUCCUUUGUCCUACACUGGAAAUUACUUCAUCCAUUCAUAUUCUUUGAACCACUUUAUUACUAAGUGGUUAAAGUAUUCUUGUUUUUUCAAAUAAAAAUGGCAAAAAUAUAGCAUAAUAGCUGGGGUCAAAGCACUAGUAGCCACUGUGAGUUGUUUGAUGGGACAGGCAGUACUUCCUACAAAAUGAGUUAGGUGGUAAGUUGAUUUGCUCAUAAUUUGAGUCAUAUAGUUCUAGGAGUGUUUGUCUAUACUUCGAACCUCCAUGGACCUAGCAAGGAAUACAACCUUCACCAGAUGAGGGAUUCAAUCACACAGAAGCUUAAUUUGUCUUAUUUUGUUCUUCCUUCCUCCCCAGUUGUAAAUUAAAUGAGGGAAGAAGGGAAGGGAAAAAGGAAAUGCUAACUGUAUGUACUCAAGUAUAAUUAAAAGGGCCCCUGAAUUGAAGGAGACUAGAUGAAACAAGCUCUGUGGCGGCUUGUUGAUUUCAUGACUGGCACUAACAUAUUUAUUUAUUUAUUUAAUUUAUAUGCCACAGUUGUGAUGAGCGGUGGGGGCGCAGUGGUUAGAAUGAAGUACUGCAGGCUACUUCUGCUGACUGCUGGCUGCCAGUAAUUUGGCAGUUUGAAUCUUACCAGUUCAAGGUUGACUCAGCCUUCCAUCCUUCCGAGGUGGGUAAAAUGAGGACCCGGAUUGUUGGGGGCAAUAUGCUGACUCUGUAAACCGCUUAAAAGUGGCUGUAAAGCACUGUGAAGUGGUAUAUAAGUCUAAGUGCUAUUGCUAUUUUCUGAACAGCUUACAUACUUGUCCUUGUCAUACAAACAAAUAAUUCCCUACCAAGGAAUGAUACAAGAACUCCAUAUAAAUAGCACCAUUAUCCCAAUUACAAAAAUGAACAACGUUCAUACCAUAAUAUAUUCAUAGUUUUUUUUUCUAAAAUUAAAUGGGCAUUAAGUUAGGGGUGGGGUGGGGUGGGGUAUGAUGCUAUUCCAAAGAAAGAAACGAAGAAAACUCAGCUGUAUUGAUAAGUGCUUCUUGGAAUUUUUGUUGAAAGAAUAUUCAGGCAAAAGGAUAAUCAUUAAGCAAUACUUCAACUCUUUUCUGGAAUUGGUGCUGGCCAGUAGGUCAUAGAAAGUUUUUCAGCUACCUAGAAUACAGCCUCUGUCAUGGAAUUUCUUCAAAACUGAUCUUAUUUAGGAUACAACUUAUUGAAAUUAUUUACCAUUCUAAGGAUCACAGCAUAUUAUCUGGCAAAAGAGAAAUAAUGCCUUAUGAAUAAAUGGGUGAGUUGCCAAAAAAAAAUCCCUCUUCUUGAGUUUAGGAAGAGUAUAUAGUAGUCCCAAAUAUUGAAGAUCUUAGACUUCAUUAAACUAAAAUUUAAGAACUUUUGGAAAACAACUCUUUUAUAUGUAGUGCAUUGCGAAAUAUGAGUGCAACUAUGUCUCAGUCAUUUAGCUGAUUUUUCCAAUGGUCAAAUGUAACCUAGCAGUUGUGAUGUGCAGUCAUAUAUUACCCUCCAUCUAGCACCUAUUGCUCUUUAGAACAUCUCAAAAUAGUACAAGAAGUUAAGAUGACAGUGUGCCUUGAUCACUCUAUGAUUCUGUUUAUCCAGUUCCCUGUGGAGGACCAUAAGGAUUGGCAACUGUAUUACAUUGUAUAUUGGAAGGUAUGGGAGGGACACUCCUUUGGGAGUGUGUUAAGAGGGCAGCAGUUGUACCUGCAAGUACAUAUUAAUUGAGAAAAUAACCAUCAGGUCACCAAAGGUUCCAGUUUUGAGAAGAUUUUGAGAAUUUUCCUCCGCAUGCCUUCUGUGAGUUCUUUGAGCCAAGGAAAGAGACUGUGUUCUCAGGAUGGACAUGGAGAAGUCCUGCAAGGCUGCCUUAUAAGAAAAGUCUCACUUGUGUGAAAGCUAUCUAGCUUUUGAUCAAAAUACAGAAGGAGUAAGACUCUUCAUAGCCAAAAUAAAAGCAUACCUGCCGUGUAUGAAUAUAAAAUACAUAUUGCUCUUUGUGUGUGUGUCUAUGUGCACUUUAAGGCUUAGUUGUUUGAGCUGAUCGGUUUCUGUGCAUUUCUUCAAUAAUGUUCCCUUGUUUCCUGUCUUCUAGAAAUGAUAUUUAGUCUUCUGGUUGCUGUGAAUGCUUUGUAAUGUCGAAUUCUUUUAAACUACUGGAUAUGCUGUACAUUCAUAAAUUGCACUUUUUUUGCAA